UCCCGUCGGGAGCUUCCCGGGCCAACGCAGUUGGUGUCGAUCUUUUUCCUGGGAGCAGCGGAGGGGCAAGGGAGGAGAAGGCUGCGGGCCCCCGCAAGGCCCCGCACCAAACCCUCCCGACCCGGGCCCGCCACCAUGCCCGCCGUCGACAAACUCCUCCUGGAAGAGGCCUUGCAAGACAGCCCGCAGACUCGCUCCUUGCUCAGUGUAUUUGAAGAAGAUGCCGGGACCCUCACCGAUUAUACAAACCAGUUACUUCAGGCGAUGCAGCGAGUUUACGGCGCUCAGAAUGAAAUGUGCCUGGCCACUCAACAGCUCUCCAAACAGCUUCUUUCCUAUGAGAAACAGAAUUUUGCUCUUGGGAAAGGCGAUGAAGAAGUAAUAUCUACUCUCCAUUACUUUUCCAAAGUAGUAGAUGAGCUUAACACUCUCCAUACAGAGCUGGCGAAACAGCUGGCAGACACAAUGGUGCUCCCUAUUAUACAAUUUCGAGAAAAGGAUCUCACAGAAGUAAGCACUUUACGGGAUCUCUUUGGCCUUGCUAGUAAUGAACAUGACCUCUCUAUGGCAAAGUAUAGCAGAUUAUCCAAAAAGAAAGAAAAUGAAAAGGUAAAAGCAGAAGUGGCCAAAGAGGUGGCUGCUGCCCGAAGGAAGCAGCAUCUUUCAUCUCUUCAGUACUAUUGCGCCCUCAACGCCUUGCAGUACAGAAAGCGGAUCGCAAUGAUGGAACCCAUGUUAGGAUACACACAAGCACAGAUUAACUUUUUUAAGAAGGGAGCAGAGAUGUUUUCCAAAAGAAUGGACAGCUUUUUAUCCUCCGUUACAAACAUGGUUCAAAGCGUACAGGGGGAGUUGGAUGUUGAAGCUGAACACAUGAGGCUGUCCCAGCAAGAAUUGCUUUCCGUUAAUGAAUCCGUUUAUACGCCGGACUUCGACGCAGCUUCUCCGCUGAUCAACAGGAACCUGAUCCAGAAGGCAGGCUACCUGAAUCUUAGAAAUAAAACAGGCCUGGUGACAACUACCUGGGAGAGACUCUACUUCUUCACUCAAGGGGGCAACCUGAUGUGCCAGCCUCGGGGAGCCGUGGCCGGAGGGCUGAUCCAGGACCUGGACAACUGCUCCGUGAUGGCGGUGGACUGCGAAGACCGACGCUACUGCUUCCAGAUCACCACUCCAACCGGAAAAUCGGGGAUAACCCUUCAAGCAGAAAGCAAAAAGGAAAACGAGGAGUGGAUAUGUGCAAUCAACAACAUCUCCCGGCAGAUCUAUCUGACUGACAAUCCCGAGGCGGUCGCCAUCAAGCUGAACCAGACAGCUCUACAGGCGGUGACCCCCAUCACGAGUUUCGGGAAAAAACACGAGAGCCUGCGCCCCAGCCAGAACCCGAAGUCCCCAGAGGUGGAAAAUGACAAGAUCGUCCCAGACAAACCAGCCACGGUACCCGAUGCCAAUGAGUUGAUUGCCCCUGGAACACCUAUCCAGUUCGACAUCGUUCUCCCAGCCACCGAAUUCCUAGAUCAGAAUCGAGGCGGCAGACGUACAAACCCUUUCGGUGAAUCUGAGGACGAGAAACAGUCUAAUGAAGAAGAUACACUUUUGCAGCAGAUGUUCAUAGUCCGGUUUUUGGGCUCCAUGGCUGUCAAAACGGACAGCACCAACGAAGUGAUUUACGAAGCAAUGCGGCAGGUGCUGGCGGCUCGCGCCAUUCAUAACAUCUUCCGCAUGACCGAGUCCCACCUGAUGGUCACCAGCAAGUCUCUGAGAUUGAUAGAUCCCCAGACUCAAGUUACCAGGACAAGCUUUGAACUCUCCAGUGUCACCCAGUUUGCUGCGCAUCAAGACAACAAGAGAUUGGUUGGCUUUGUGGUGCGCAUUCCUGAAUCUCCAGGGGAAGAGUCCCUGAGCACAUAUAUUUUUGAAAGUAACACGGAAGGCGAAAAGAUUUGUUACGCCAUCAGCUUGGGAAAAGAAAUUAUUGAGGCUCAGAAGGAUCCAGAAGCACUGGCUCAACUGAUGCUCUCCAUGCCGCUAACCAACGACGGGAAGUUUGUGCUGUUAAGUGACCAGACGGACACCGCCGACAGGAGCCCGAGUGAAAAUAAGGGGGAAGAGUCAGAAGCGUAAACUCCGUCUGCGCUGGGUGUGACGAGAACCCGGGAGAAUUUCCCUGGCAAACGGCCCCAGGUCCGCUGAUGUCCCGGAACACUGAUGUGGUUUCCAGAACGCUGACAAUCAUGUAGGGAACGUGUCGUCACCGCCCGACGCCUCGAGGGGAACGGCAGGAAACGGUUACCGUUACAUUCCCGCCCAAUUUUAAAUUUUACUUUUACCUGCUUCAAAGUACAGCCCUCUCCUAGUUUGCAUGGCAUAGCCUCUCCGAAUGAAGAUGGAAAAACUGCACUCUUUGCUUUAUUUUUUAAAUGAAGUCGUCUUUCCAGGAUCUAGUGCCCUUGUACGGGAGGCGGUAGCCUGGAUUGACAAAGAUUUGAUUUAAAAACAAAACUAAAUAUUUCCUAUUAAUAUAAUCUAUUUUUGUAUACCACCUAAUGAGCUUUUAAGUGCCUAUCACUCUUACAAGACUACAUACCAUAUAGAAGUCCGUUUUUAGUUUCGCUCUUCUCAGACACCUAGGCGUGUAUCUGAGUUGCGCAGAAAUCAGUACGAGGUGCCUCUCUGUGGGUUUUUAGGCAACUCCCUACUCUAGAUCAUGCAAUAAGGAACAUCCGUGUGUACCGUACACGUCAGGAUGGAUUCAUUUGUCUUCAACUAAGAUGAGGGGAGGAAAAGGUCGUCACGGGGAACGUGAGGCCCAGGUGGGACAGGACCCAUGCCUGGUUGCGGGCAGGGCAUGUCUGUCGUGUGGGUUGUAUUUUACUUUCCCCAGCGCUUAGUACAGUAUUUGGCACAUACUAAGCACUUAACAAAUACCAUGACUUAUCAUCAUUAAUUCUAAGGGAAAGGUAAGGAAUCUAUACCAGUCUUGUGUGAGUUUAGGUAGUGGAUCUCCAGUAAGCAGGGGUGUGAAUUUCCAGGCUGUUGCAGCUCCAUCAGUCUCUCUUCUGAGCCAAGCACACCCCACCCUUCUCAGGGAAGGGACCGGUUGUUUCAGAGCUUGAUUCCCAUCAUCCGGCCUGUUGCGAGGGUUGACGUCCUCUAUCCCUGACAGAGCUCCACCUCCCCCUUAAAACAGGCAGCCGGGGCUCAUGAUCUCGAAUUGGUACGUUUUUAAGUUUUAUGGUGACAGUAAAAACUUACAAAUGUCUUUCUAAUAAACGGGCCUAGCGACGCGCGCUAGGACGUGAUUAAAAAACUCUUGUUUCUC